GUUAAUGAAGGCGUUAAAUGCAUUAUUCCUGAGCGUAUAAUGAGUAUAGAGUCGACAUGUAAAUUUUUUGAACUUUUUGAUUUAACUACGUUAGGGCAAUAUGAUAAUAGAGAGGUGAAAGUUUUUAUUCGACGAGAAAAGUCUGAAGGUUGGCGAGAAGUAGACAAUGGGUUAGAUGGUGAUUUGAGAAUGCUUGAAGUUUUAGGUUUUAUGCAAGUCAAGUUUUGUCUUGCUUCCAAUACAAAUUUAGACACUUCAGUUUCAAUUCAAGACAAACCAGAUGCUUUCAGCAUUUUAAUGGCAAAUUCAAGGCAGCCUUUGCUUCCUCGUCAUUGUAAUGAGCGUAAUAACUAUGAUCGACUUUAUAAUGAAAUUAUCGAACUUUUCAAAGCUCAACAGGUUGGAUGGACAGGUGGUUUACAUGAAACAAUAGGAAAAGCAUUCGUAAAUCGUAUUGCAACUGCUCUUUGGUAUAUUGAUCCACAUCUUUCAACACUAAGUGCAUGUUUAUAUCAUCUACCAGCUCUUUUUGCACAGUUGAAAACAUAUCAGGAUGGUAAAUCAUAUGAUGAGUAUUAUUAUACUGGUCAUCAUAAAAAGAAUCCAUUGUCUCAACAAAAACUUGUGCAUCUUUCGAGUUCUCUUGAGAUUUCUAUAAGUCAACCAUGGGCGAGUAGUGAUAGGUGGAAUCAAGUAAUGUCUGCAGUUCUUUCUUUAAUUGAAAUUUUGAAAAAAUAUUCGGACUAUUUAAUUGCAACAACUGCUAGUAUGAAUGAACUUCAUCAUAGCAAUGAAAGUGCCCAUAGUCCUGGAAAUAAUAGUACCAUGUACCGAGUUAGUGCUUGUGAACCUCAUCAACUUAAAGAUGAAUAUGUUCAAUUGGACGAUCUAUUAUCUGAAAAAUCAUUUUACGAACAUAUUGAAAUUUAA